AUGACCACAGAAACAUCAGCCACUGCUCUCGUUCUCCACGGCGCAAAGGAUCUCCGUCUGGAGAAACGAUCAGUGCCAGCUCCCACCGGCGCAGAUGUCCAAGUCGCCGUGCAAGCAACCGGUCUCUGCGGUUCCGACCUCCACUAUUACAGCCACGGCCGCAAUGGCGACUUCGUCGUGCGUGAGCCCAUGUGCCUGGGCCACGAGUCCGCCGGCACCGUGAUGGCCGUCGGGCCCGACGUCACCAACCUGAAAGUCGGCGACCGCGUAGCCUUGGAGGUCGGUCUGCCAUGCCGCAAGUGCGCUCUGUGCCAGCAGGGCCGCUACAACAUCUGCACAUCCAUGCAGUUCCGCAGCAGUGCAAAGGUCUUCCCUCAUCUUGACGGUACUCUCAUGGAGCGCACCAACCACCCGGCUGCCAUGUGUCACCCUCUGCCAGAUAAUGUCUCCAAUGCUGGAGGUGCGCUGGUCGAGCCGCUGGCCGUCUGCCUUCACGCCGUGCGUCGCUCGCACCCACCAACCAAGGAAGAGGUCGAGAUCGCGCGCAGUGCAGGCGAGGGCACCGCCGCGCUGGUUUUCGGUGCUGGCGCCAUCGGCCUGCUCAUUGCUUCGGCCCUGGCCACAUCGCAGAACUUCACAUCCAUCGUCGUGGCAGACAUCGACGCCUCGCGCCUCGAGAUCGCCACCUCCCUCGGCCUCGGCCUUAAGACUGCCCUCAUCCCCCGCGGUGACCCUGCCAACCCGCCUCCUCCCAAGGACGCUCCGCACGCCGACCAGACUACCUAUGCGCUUCAAAAUGCCCAGCGCGUCGCGGCCACCCUGACAGAGGCUGCCAAUGCUGCUGGUGGUCCCGCUGUGGCUGGUUUCAGUCGUGUGUACGACUGCACCGGCGUACCCGCAUGCGUGCAGGCUGGUAUCUACGCCUCCGCACCAGGCGGCGUCCUCGUCCAGAUUGGCAUGGGUAACCCCAUCCAGACCCUACCCGUCGGCGCUGCUGCGCUGCGCGAGGUCGAUAUCAUCGGUGUCUUCCGGUAUGACGGCACCGCGUAUCCGGCAGCCAUUGCGCUGCUGGCAAGCGGGAAGUUGAAGACUGUUGAAGAUAAGGUUGUUACGCACAGGUUGAGUCUUGAGGAGGGCGAGCGGGCCUUUACCCUUGCCGGGAAGGGUGUUGAUGAGAGUGGCAACCCUGUUGUUAAGGUGAUUAUUGAAAGCAAGUAA